GAUGGUAUCGAGUACCUGUAAUCAAAACAACGACCAUGUUCUAAAAAUCAAUGGAUUUUCAUACUAAAAAACAACAGAAAUGAAGUUAAUCAAUAACACAAAAUAAUAAACAACGCACUUAUUGCGCAUGCGAGGCAUCCCUCCCGCCAAUAAAGCCUCGACUAACUGAAGAAAUAACAUAAAAUAACUAAUAUGGUGUUUGUUCUGAUAUUCUGGGUGCUGAUAUGGCUGCUAGGUAUUGCCGCAACUAUUUUCUUUUGCCUACGUCAAUGGAUUCUACGCAACAAAAAAAAGUUGCACUGCCCUGAAUCGGAAAAUAGAUUGCAUGUUGGCAUAUUUCAUCCAUACUGUAACGCCGGCGGCGGAGGGGAGCGCGUUUUGUGGUGUGCAGUGAGGGCUUUGCAGAACAAGUACGAUAACAUCAAGAUAGUUAUUUACACAGGAGAUAUUGACGCAACGCCCAGUUCAAUUCUGCAAAAAGCAAAAAAUGUAUUCAACAUCUCGCUCGAAGUCGAACACAUAUCAUUUGUAUACUUAAAGCAACGGCAUUGGAUUGAAGCGGGAAAGUAUCCACACUUUACUUUGCUGGGACAAAGUUUGGGUUCAAUUGCCUUAGGCAUAGAGGCUGUCUGCAAGUUUCCACCAGAUAUCUUUAUUGAUACCAUGGGAUAUGCCUACACGUACCCCGUCUUCCGUUUCUUGGCAGGCAGUAGAAUAGCCUGUUAUGUUCAUUAUCCCCUGAUAAGCACAGACAUGCUUAAGAAAGUUCAAUAUCGCCAAUCAUCUUUCAACAACAAGGCAUAUGUUGCGCGUAAUCCCUUCCUAACGUGGAUAAAGCUUAACUAUUACCGCUUGCUUUCAAAGACCUACAAGUGGGUUAGCUGCUGUUCAGAAACCAUUUUGGUGAAUUCAACAUGGACUGAGAAUCAUAUCGUAGAUUUGCUGAAUGUUCCAUUAAAAACUCAUCGUGUGUAUCCGCCAUGUGAUAUAAAACAUCUAAAGAGUCUUGAGCAUAUAGAAAACAAUGAAGAAAUUCUAAUAGUCUCUGUUGGGCAAUUUCGCCCCGAAAAAAAUCAUCCAUUACAAUUGCAAGUUCUGUAUGAGUUAAGGACGCUGCUGGCAAGAGAUGAAGCACUGUGGAAUCGAAUUAAACUUGCUAUAGUAGGAUCAUGCCGACAUGAAGAUGAUUAUGAGAGACUGCAUAACAUGGAGGAUCUCGCAAAACAUUUGUCUCUUGAGAAUUCAGUCGAGUUCAAGGUUAAUGUUAAAUAUGACGAACUCCUAAACAUAUACAAACGUGCAAAAAUUGGCAUACACACUAUGUACAAUGAGCACUUCGGCAUUGGAAUCGUUGAAUGUAUGGCAGCCGGUAUAAUAAUGAUUGCUCAUAGGUCUGGUGGCCCUUUGCUCGAUAUUAUUGAGACUUCUGAAGGCUCUCAAAAUGGGUAUCUUGCAACGGAGGCGGUUGAAUAUGCAGCUAGCAUAUUAAACAUAAUACUUAACUCUGCAGAGACAAAUCAAAAUAUUGUUUAUGCGGCAAGGUCCUCUGUUGAGAGAUUCUCUGAAAAGGAAUUCGACGACCAGUUUCUACGGGCGAUUUCGCCAGUUUUUGUAUAAGUUACUGAAAAGCCGAUAUGCUGACCGAGAAUAAAAAAAAUAUACUUCAUUGGAAACCAAUCUCGUCAUUUUGGGAAGAUUCUAAGUAAAUUUGUUCUUUUAUUGAGGUUAGUGUGUUUGAAAUAGUUGAGAGAACUUUUGUUGCUUAUUAAUAUGAACCAAUUAUAGGCUAAGUAGAAAGACUAAUUAUAAUAUUUAUCCAUGUUAUGUAUGGAUAGCUAAGCCAAAUCUAAAUUAAAACUUGUAAGCUUGCUCUAGCCGAUAGUAACUGACUUGAAGAUACACUGACAAACUUAUUAACAGAAACAAAAUUACACAUACAAGACCCAAGCUGCGAACUUUAGACAGCGACUAUACGUUUUCCUUUACAAAUAUAAGUCUAGCUUUUGGGCCCGUUCCGAAAGUACUGAAAUUUUAUUUUAAUUGCAAUUGAAAUUUUCGAAACUGGUAAUGCACAAGGAGUUAAACCUAGAGAUAACAGCUAACAGUAACAAAAUUGUUAAUACCCAUGCAGUCAUUUAGCAAGUGGGCGGUAUGUUUCGUUAAAAGUAUUUUAUUCAUAACUACAGCUUCUUCCGAUUAUUUAUAAGCUAGAUGAUUCGGUUGUCCGAUGUCCAAGAAUCUGCAGGCAUACGACUAGACAAGAAGAAAGUAGAGCACAUAACAUGGUCAAGAUAUUGUAAAAGCAACAAAUUGUUGAGAUUUUAGAUCGAGUAUUUAAUAAAGGUGAUACAUGAUACAUAUAU